CUCAAUGUCUAUUAUUUAUUUAGAAAAAUAUACCGUCGCUCCUGCGCCUUCAAGAGAUUAUUGCGGUAUAAAAAUAUUUGCUAACGAGAUUAAAAUUUAUCAUUGGCGUGUUUCUUAUGGCCCGCAUAAAUAUCCGUCAAUAAGAACUUAUAAAUUUAACGAGUGGAGUAAAAAUUUAUCACAAGACAUUGAAAUUAUUUUUGGUAAAUCGGUGGUACGGAGUAUUGAUAAUAUAAUAAAUAAAAAAUAUUUAUUGACAUUACCACAAAAUUUUAUUUAUAAUUUACUUAAAUAUUUAUCAAUUAAUGAUAUUAAAAAUUUUUGUUUAUUAUCACGAGCUGCUUAUCAGAUAAUAAAAGAUGAAGUAGUCAAAGAAUUGGUAGUAAAAAAAUUAAAAAUUGAUAACAACAAACCUAAUAAAUCGAUACCCAAAGACAUGGCUUACAGUUCGAAUCGAUUAUUAGCGGAAACGAAUGAUAUCGAUAAGAAAUUAUUUAAAAAUCCGAGGAUCAAAGGAUCAAAUACUGAAAUUAUCAAAACUCCUUAUCAAAAAUUUUUAUCAAAACCGCAAGUAGAUUUUACACGGACAGUCUCUUGGGAUAAAAAUUUAAAAAAUACAGUGAGAGGUUCAGUGUCUGAUAAUUCAAUCAUUAAAAAUAAUCCUGCUAAUUUGCCAAGACGGCGGGUCAAUGUUAUCAACGUCCCAUCCACGGAAGAAAUAAACAAUAAAGAUAUUUUAGUUGAUGUAAAUAAACAAAAAAUACGGACAGAUCAGCCAACAAAAUCGAGAGGAAAUGGAGGGAAGAAUAAAAUACAGGCUGGAGGUGAUUACAAAUUUUUAAAAAGUAAUAAGAAAGUUAUCAGAGCAGAUGGGAGCUCUGAUUUAUCAGCAUUGAGAACUAACGACAUUAAUUUGGAUGAGUUGGCCAAAAAAACUAUCGACGAGUACAAAAAAUCCAGAGAAUUAAUAGACUGCAAGUUCAGUUGGACAGAUGGUUUGGAGACUCGGGAACUAAGUCCUAGAACUCCAAAGAGCAGACCAGGCAGCGAUGGUUCGAAGUCGAGGAAAUUUUUAGAUCAUAGACCAGAACUUUCAAGAUCGACAGUCGAUUUUACAUUAAAUGGACUAAUGUCUUCAUUAGUAAGCGGUGGAGAUGACGAACUUGACAGAAUGACACCUUGGGAACUGACUAAAUUACGUGGCUUUAAAUCACGCGAGAGUUCUCUAAAAAAAUCACGAGAUCUAGACAAAAAUAUUUUAUCUAACACUGAAGUAUCGACAAAAAAAGUCACUAGAACCCGUAAGAAAAAUUAAAUAUGGAAAACUUGUUAUUUUUUC